AUGGGUUCUAUAUUGAGUUCUCAGAAUACUCAAAUGAGUAAAGAAGUGAUGGAAACGUCUUUGAGUAAAGCGAAAGAGCUCGCUGCUUCUUCCCCCGUCUUUCUCUUCAGUAAGACUUAUUGUGGUUACUGCAAACGGGUGAAGGAUCUGCUCAAACAGCUAGGAGCAACCUACAAGGUCCUUGAAUUGGAUAUAGAAAGUGACGGUGGUGAGAUUCAAGCAGCUUUAGCUGAGUGGACCGGACAAAGAACAGUACCUAACGUCUUUAUUGGAGGCAAGCACAUUGGUGGUUGUGAUUCUGUUUUGGAGAAACACCGUGCAGGUCAAUUGGUUCCCCUUCUCACUGAUGCCGGAGCGAUUGCUAAUAACUCUGCUCAGCUCUAA